AUGACGGAAAAUAACGAGGAGAGACCUGUCAGCUAUUUCCUGGAGAUCACGAAAGAUGAAACGGCAACGAGAACGGGACCCAUUGUUCCAUCGUACGAUAAUGUAGUCUCUGGUGUGACCAGUGGAGAGCCUCCGGUUUACACACUUUCCGAUCAAUCCGUUCCCUACAAUGUCGAUCUACCGCCUUCCUAUGAGAUGGAGCAUCGAUGUGCGUUGACAACGGAAAGCUGGCCGAUUGUGGGGAAACGAAAGAAAGUUAUCUACACAUGUGCCUUGAUCGGUCUGCCCCUUCCUCCACUCAUCAACAUUGCCGGUCUUUGUAUUAUUCUUUCUGACAUUCAUUCAAACCCUGUUCAAUACGAAUCAAAUGCUGAAAGUCUUGUACGAGUUGGUAUUGGAGUCGAUGUGUUUCUUGGUUGCAUGAUGUUAUUAUGUGUCGUUCUUGGAUUGAUUGGAAUUUUUAAAAAGAAACCAAUCGCUCUUCAAGUCAUGACGUAUAUUUUGGUGUUUCUCGCUGGUCUCUACGCUUACACAGGAGUUUAUUCGAUGUUCGUUUUAGAUGUAUUGGGCAUAGUUAUUGCGAUCGGCAUGGUAAUUUGGCUCUCAGCUCUCGUUUUUCUCACCCGACUUCACCAAAGGAGAAUGUUUUUGUGUAUGAAGUGCUAU